UUGCUUCUUUGGCAAAAGAGUGAACUCCCAUAGCUAGAGGCCACUUGCGCAACGCAGUCCCCAAGAAUGCUUUGUGCCUCCACAUCGUGCGCAACAACGCGAUGAUCUCGAGGUACGGGGGAUCUGUAUAUCCAGCGGUCAUUCGUCUUGGCUAUGCCUCUUGAAUCCAAUUGUUGCAACGCGAUGCCGUCACAACAAAGGGAGUGCAACGGGAUGUUGGUUUGACCUGCCAGAUUAGGCCACAUCCAUCCUCGUGUAUCUCUCGUGCCACGCUACAUAGACUCGUUCUUCCGGAAGCCCGUUUGCCUCAUGGCCUAUAUAUCGAUACGGCCUCUUGGCGUGCCCCACUCUUCCCAACCAUUACCUCUCCUCUCCUGUCGCCGUCCGUGACAGAACGCUCGCCGAUAUGCUCGUAGGGCUAUGGCAGAAUAGGCUCGCUCUGUUAGCGAUAUUUGCCUCCGUCAUCGUGCAAUGUGCUGUACCUGUCUCCGCUGCGGUCCCCUCUCUCCAGUAUUUCAGAAAUAAUAACGGCGAGGUGAAACGUCCGUCGGUCCUCAGCUGUCUGCGUCCCCGCUCGUGAAUAUCUCACCUGCACGUCUUGCAAUCUUCUCAGACAUCGUUCAUGACCGAUCCGAGACCUACGAUGAUGCAAUACCAGUGCAGCCAUCCA